AUCUCUUCGCACAUUAUUUUUCAAACAUCAAACCUCAGAAUAUUGAAAAAAAAUGGAAAUCUUUACCGGGUUUCUACUUCUCACAUUUAUGGGAUUUCUUCAUUUAGCACAUGCACAGGAGUAUUUUCCAAAUAUUCCUGUGAAUAGCGUCCAAGUACAAAUGCAUUGUGGUUCUACUUAUGGAAAGAAUAUCCACAAACUCGAAAAUGAAGAAAGUCCCUUCUGGUUUCAUCCUAGCCAGCGGUUGAGUGAUACGCACUAUUACGCUUAUAUACAUUUCAGAAGAGAUAAUCGUUUCGCUUCAAUUGACGCUCUCAACCCUAUUUUUCUACAACCCUCUCACGUUUGGAAUGAGCCAAAGGCAGCUUAUGUACGUUUAGGAAACCAGGGAUAUUAUCAUGCCACAGAGUUCGAACGCUUCGUCCUUGCUGAUCCUAAUAGAGGUUACCGCCACCAAAUUUUUAUAAGAACGCCAACUGGCAGUAUGUUUAUGUCGCCUUUAAAAUACCAUUGGAAUGCAGCGACAAUUAUGGAAGGAUACCCCCCCAUACCUAAUUUUAUGUUAGAAAUGUAUAGCAGGCAAACGCAAGCUAAUAUUGCAUAAUUUUACCAAGA